AGACCCACUUGACAAACAAGAAACAAUGGAGAAAGUCAUUUUCAUCUUCUGUGUAUUUUCUUAUUGGAUUAUGCAAAUCACGCCCAAUGCACCAGAAUCUUCUGAUCUGUUGAAAGUUCAGAUGGGAGAAGACAUCACUCUGAACUGCAGCAUGACUGACCGGAUUGAAGUCGCCUGGUUUCACCUCAAUUCUGAAAAACUCAAACUACUGAUUUCUGCAAAAAAAGACAGAACUGGAAGAAAACUCCUGAUAAUCUACAAACAAAACAGCACUCGUCUGAAAAUUACUGCAGACAGUUGGGUCACCACAGUCUCUCUUAUUAUUUCUGGAGCAUCAGAGUCAGAUUUGGGUUUUUAUUUUUGUGGAACAAAGUCUAACUCUCCAGAGAUGUUCUUCGACAAAACCAUCAGACUGGAGAUUGACGGACUUUUUGUAGCAGAAGAGUCAAAAGAAGUUGUUGACAUCACAGUAGAUGAGGUGACACCGACAGAGAGGAUGUUGAUGUUCGGUGGUGUUGGUCUGGCUGCGUUUGUGUUUUUUCUGACUACAGUCAUCGCAGGAUUAAUCAUUUACCAUCGUGGUUGGCAGAAAGGAUUGAAAGAAGCAAAACAUGAAGGUCUAGUUAAUUAAAAAUCAACUAAACAGCAUUAAUUUCAGCUUGUUUAUACAAUCUAACUCAAUAUAUCUGUUAAAAUUACUGUCUCAUUUCCUCUGUUUUGUGUUUUAGAAUACUUAUGUUGAUAUAUAUUUUCUGUUCCCAUUGUUCUUGUGUUUUACUUCCUGUUUUUGCUUAAUUUUCCUUAGUUCCUGGUUUGCUUCCAGAGUUACCCUCAUUAUUCUCCAUAGCAACCCAUAAUCUUUAUCUGGUGUUGUCAUUGAUGAUGUUUGUGUGUUCUAGCUCUGUUUUGUCCAGCUUGCCUGUGUCUAUUACUCUGUUUCUGCCCUGAAUUACUUUCACUGUGCUUAUUUAAAUACAUGUUGCAUUUGGAUCUCUGAAACAGUGCUGGUACUGCCACUGUCUUUAAUGCAAUGGUUAUUAAUGCAGUAUACAUAAACAAUAUUAAAGCUUAGAGUUCUAGUAUGUUUUACACAACUGCAGUUUUUACAUGUAGAGAAUAAGCUGAAAAAGAACAGCUAACAUAUGCUUUAAUAUCAUUAGUCUGCAUCUUUAGACAUUAAGGGCCCUAUUUUAAAGAUCUAAGCUCAUGGUCUGAAGCUCAUGGUGCAGGUGCAUUUAGAUAAAAGUCUGAAUCCACUUUUGCUAGUUUAACAAUGGAAAAAAAAAUGGUUGUACACCAGGCGCAUGGUCUAAGGGUUGUCUCUAUUCUCUUUAUGAGUCAGAUAGGUGCAUGUUACUAACACACCCUUUAAAUAAAAAAAAUACUGCGCCAUUGACUUUAGAGCAGGUUUCAGUUGGUCAGUGGCGCAGCAUUUUCAGUUCCUCAACAUGCCAUCAAUGCACCUGAACACACCUCAUUUUCAGGCCAGCACGGCCAUGGACGAACAGAUCGACGCGAGUGCAUUUGAACAAUGUGACGCAGAACGUGAAAAUGAUAACUGCGUCAGGCUGAAACUAGCAAAAAUUUUGCAUUUAUAUUUUCUCUUGAAAACAGGUUUAAUGCUUCUCAGUCUAGAUAAUUAUAUAAGAACCUAUCAUAUAAGGCAGACAACUGUUUUAUGUCACAUAUAAGCUUGAUUAAAAUGUCAACAGAUGCCUUCAAUGAUGAAUGUGUUGUUCAGUGAUCUGAUCAA